GAAACCCUUAGCGGUCUGUUCACGGCAUCCGGCGUACUUCCGGGGUUUACGUUAAAGCAAAGUUUGUAAUAUUUCUUUAGUUUUCUUCUGGAUUAAAGAAAACAAUGAACCGAAAAGAAGAGUAUGAUUCGUACGAGAUUGAGGAACCGAGUGAUGAAGAGAGAGCAUGUAGCAGCUCUGAGGAUGAACUCGACAUUCUUCUUAACGGCACCCCGGAUCAGAAGAGGAAGCUCAUUCGAGAGUACCUGACUGGGGAAAGCGAGUCAUCCAGUGGGGAUGAGUUUGAGAAAGAGAUGGAGGCAGAACUAAGCAGCACGAUUAAAUCUAUGGAGUGCAACUGGACGACUCCUUCCUCUCAAGGUGAGACCUCUCAGACUAGCGGCAAUACACAAAGCACUGACAGGAAUCAGCAGCCUCAACAAUAUGAUGACAUAUACUUUGACACAGAUUCUGAUGAAGACAGCCAAGCUGGUGUCUCCCGGAGCCAGCGACGAAAGCAGCGAAGAGUACUAACAAAUGACGAGUUACUAUAUGACCCAGAUGAAGAUGAUCGGGAUCAGGCUUGGGUAGAGGCCAAGAGAAAAGAGUACCGGAGCCGGAGACGACCAGCAUCAUCUGCGCACAGAAGAAACCAAACUCAGCCUCUACCAAGCAGCGAUGCCAUCCUCAACUGUCCUGCAUGUAUGACCACACUAUGUCUGGACUGUCAGAGACACGAGAAAUACAGGACACAGUACAGAGCCAUGUUUGUGAUGAACUGUGCAGUGAAUAAGGAAGAAGUGCUGAGGUAUAAAGCAGCAAAACAGAAGAAGCAGCGCAGGAAGAAGAGUCGUCAGGACCCGGCGGACACAUCGGCAGAGUCAAAGCCUGAGGCAGAAGCUGAAACAGGUCUGACUGAUUCCAGAUUAGGUGGGAUGGAUGAAGAAGAGGUCUAUCACCCAGUCAAGUGUACAGAGUGUUCGACUGAAGUGGCUGUGUAUGAUAAGGAUGAGGUCUAUCACUUCUUCAAUAUUCUUGCAAGCCACUGCUGAUGAGAUGCAAAGAACUCCAACUCUACUGAGUGAAGAAUCCAAGCAGCUCUUGCUUGUUAUUCAAACAGUUAAGAAUACGUGUGUACUGAAAAAGGAUUUAAUGGUUUUGUGUAUUCAUGCACAGUGAUGUAAAAUAUCUGUAAGAUAUGUUCUGAUUUUUUCCCCAUGUUUUAAAAACGUGUAAUGCUUUUUUUUUUUUUUUAACUGUGUGAUGCAGGACAGCCAUUUGAUAUUACCUAAACUUCAGUGUAAAGUGUUAUUACUAGAUCACAGAUGGUUUAAGUAUGUUUAUUUCUCACAUUAUGUGAAUAAAUUUGUUUCUAGGCUGUUGUUUUAAAUGA